CCAACGCCCUUCCGUCGCCCGCUGCGCUAUACUUGCUCCACGCUCUCUUCCACUACAAUUCCGCUUCUCUUUGGGCUCCUCUCAACACCCCCUCCCCUGGGGCCAGCCUCGCUCUGCCGUCAACAAUGGCGUCCCUGAGAUUCAGAUUAUGCGAGGUUUUGAUUCUAGGACUUGCGUUGGGGGUGACGCUGAUCUCCCCUACUCAAUCUCUCAAUUGCACAUCCCAGAAUUUCAACAACAAGAAGCUUUACCAGAACUGCGCUGAUCUUCCGCUACUGAGUGCCUACCUCCACUGGACCUAUGACUCCACUAGCCGUUCUCUCUCUGUCGCCUUCGUCGGGACUCCAGCGGCGCCGGACGGCUGGAUCUCGUGGGCCGUUAACCUCGACGGUGUCGGCAUGGUAAAGGCCCAAGCUCUCAUCGCGUUCAAGGAAAACGGAAAGAUGACCGUCAAGCCGUACAGGCUCGAAUCAUACCGUUCCGUGGUGCAGCAAAAUCUCACCGUCGGUGUUUCAGACCUGAGCGCCGAGUCGUCUGGCGGACAGAUGAAGCUAUUCGCGACCCUGGCGAUGCCGGCGGGGACGUCGUCGGUGAACCAGGUGUGGCAGGUGGGGGCAUCCGUCACCAAUGGUCGGCCGGAUAUGCACGCUUUUCAGUCGGCGAAUCUGAACUCGAAGGGAACACUAGAUUUGAAGAGUGGACAAACGACCGGUGCUGCCGGCGGGGGUUCCAGUAUUAGAAAGAAGAAUAUUCAUGGAAUUUUGAAUGCUGUGAGCUGGGGAAUUCUGUUUCCAGUUGGAGUCAUAAUUGCAAGGUAUAUGAGAACUUUCCACUCUGCAGAUCCGGCAUGGUUUUAUCUUCACGCUUCCUGCCAAUUAUCUGCAUAUGUUAUUGGGGUGGCUGGUUGGGGAACUGGUCUUAAGCUUGGAAGUGAAUCCAAGGGGUUCCAGUUCACUACUCAUCGUAAUUUGGGAAUUUCCCUCUUCUGUCUUGCAACUGUCCAGAUAUUUGCAUUGUUCCUGAGACCAAAAAAGGAUCACAAGUACCGAUUUUACUGGAACAUCUACCACCACAGUAUUGGAUAUGCUGUGUUAGUUCUUGGGAUCAUGAAUGUGUUCAAGGGUCUAGACAUCUUGGAUCCUGCAAAGAAGUGGAAAUCGGCUUAUAUAGUUGUGCUUGCUGUGUUGGGUGUAAUUGCUCUACUGUUAGAAGCAAUCACUUGGGUGGUUGUUUUGAGGAGGAAAUCUGGGAAGUCGACCAAGCCUUACGAUGGAUCCAGCACCAUGUAAGGCAGGCCAUAGCUUCUGGCUGUUAGAUCGACCAAUUAAUCUGUAUUGUCGUUGAUUCUGGUGUUGUAAUUUCUCAUGCAAUUUCUUUCGGAUGUAAGGUUAAUAUAUUUCAGAUCUCUCCCCCCUCCCCUCUCCCUCUCCCACAGGUUCCUCUUUCUUGCUUCUGUACAAUGGCUUCACUUCAGGUGUAUUUAUUUAUUAUACAUGAGGAAUGUUUGUUUUAAAA